UCUUGAAAUUUCUCUUUAGGAUUGCUUCAUGAAAUAGACAUGGCAUAUUAUAAUUUGUGGGGUACCGAAAAGAAAUUGAAAUAUCAAAUAUCUUCCUUAUAAGAACCCUAAAAUCCAAUCUCAUCACAACACAAAAGACAAAAAAAAACUAUGGCGAGCAAAAACGACGUCGUUGGAGCCUGGAACACGACCACAACGCAGACGCAGACGCAAACGCCACACAGGCCGUCGCUGCUACACCCGACGUUUUACUGGGGAUACGAAUGCGAGGUGCUCUUCCAUGGCUGGCCAGACUCGAGCCGCGGAAUGUAUGCGCUCGCCAUCAUCUUCGUCUUCUCGCUGGCCUUCUUCGCCGAGUGGCUCACUCGCUGCUCCGACGCAGACGCCAUCUCCGGCGCCGACAAGCUCGCCAGGACGGCGUUCCGUACGGCGAUGUACGGAGUCAGGUCGGGGUUCAAUUACCUGGUCGUCCUCGCCGUCGUAUCAUUUAACGGCGGCAUUUUUCUGGCCGCCGUUUUCGGACACGCACUAGGGUUCGCCGUUUUCCGUGGACGGGCGUUUCGGAAAACGGGUCGGGUGGAUGGGUAGGAUCCCGGGUGUAUCCGAACCCGAAAACAACAACAAGAGAAAGAGAGAGAUUUUCUGGGCUUUGGUUUUGUUCUUUCUAUCUGAUUCUGAUUGAAUAAAAAGAGAAACUCAAAUUCAUUCAUUUUUGUCUUUGAUAAAA